CUCCGAUUUGCUCAUCUCGAACCUCCAAACCUCCCACCCAACGCGCAUACUUCGCUGCAACACCCAUAUCCAGAGCACCAGCUCUCGGCGUCUCUAACCAACUCGCUGUGUACCGUGUCUAGAACAACUCUAUCUUCACCGAACCGUCGAACCCACCCAGAUCCAGAUCCCCUUCUUAAGCUGCCAGUUCCCGCCCUCCAUAUCUGCAGGAACCCCCAACAUCUCACACUGUGACAUCUUGAUCUUACCACUGCAUCUUCCCGUUCACAAUCAGUCCCUUGCACCUCCUCGUACUCCCCCAAUACACUAUCACAUCUUCUUGGUUGCUCCAAGACUCUCCAGACUCAAGAAGCUGGCUUCUUUACAUACGUCUUCAAGAUGAACUGUCCUACUAGAGACCCAGAGCCAACUGGUACCCUCCUCGCCCUCCAAACCCUCCUGUCACCCGCUGACAGUAGCCUCUCAGGCAAUCCUACCUUCAAUCAGAAUCCUCCCACCUUCGACCGCACACUGGUUCCCCGAAGCUCCCCCGUCUGCGGCGGGGGCAGCCUUAGCGAGGACCAGUACAAUAUGGGCCUCCAUGUGAUGGCAGUAUUCGUAGUAUUGACCCAGAGCACGCUUGCAUGCGCAUUCCCCUUGAUCGCGAAACGGUUCCCGCGCCUCCGCAUCCCCCCCUCCUUCCUUUUCUUUGCCCGCCACUUCGGUACCGGCGUCCUCAUCGCGACCGCAUUCGUGCACCUGCUCCCCACGGCCUUCAUCUCGCUCACCGACAAAUGUCUGCCCGCCUUCUGGACGGAGCAGUACCCGGCUAUGGCCGGCGCCAUCGCUAUGGCUGCCGUCUUCCUGGUCACGAUCGUCGAGAUGGUGUUCACCAAGGGCCUGUGCGGCGGACAUUACUCGCCUGAUGACCACCGGAAUGCGACGCUGGAGUCUGGACACUCCGCCGCUGCCGUUGCUGCUGCUGGCAAAGAAAAGGAUGUAGGGGAGGAUGAGGAGGCGGUGGAGGAGGGGGAGGAGGAGGAGGGAGGGAGGGGGAGGAGGGAGGGGGGCGACGAGCGCAGUAGUGACUCGGGGAGCGAGCACAUCGGCGGUCGUGGAGGGAUGGGACGCCUUGGAUUCGGAAUGGCGGGUCGUCGGCGAUCCCGUUCCCACUCUAUGGCUCAGGAACUGCAGAAGUUCUCGUCUGAGAUGCAGCGCAAUCGACAGUCCAACUCCAUUGCGAUGGUCCUGGAGAAGGCGGACCACCUCCAAUCGGGCGAUUCGACACCCAUCGAAUCGAAAUUCCCUUCGUCGCCGACCACCUCGGAGCACAAUCACAAGAUCAAACUCACGCCCCAGCAACGCCACAAGAAGGCCAUGCUGCAGGUGUUCCUCCUCGAGAUGGGUAUCCUCUUCCACAGCGUCUUCAUCGGCAUGGCGCUCUCCGUCACCGUCGGCUCGCCAUUCAUCGUCCUGCUCAUCGCCAUCGCCUUCCACCAAACCUUCGAAGGUCUCGCCCUGGGCUCGCGCAUCGCCGCCCUAAAGUGGGAGAAGGGCGCGAUCCAGCCGUGGGCGAUGGCAUGCGCCUACGGACUCACCACCCCCAUCGGCCAAGCCAUCGGCCUCGCCACACACACGCUCUACUCGCCCGACUCGCCCACGGGCCUACUGAUGGUCGGCAUCAUGAACUCCAUCUCCUCGGGGCUGCUGGUGUUUGCGGGACUGGUGGAGCUGCUCGCAGAGGACUUCCUUAGCGACGAGAGCUGGCAUACACUCCAGGGGCGCAACCGUAUCGCGGCGUGCUGCUGGGUCUUUGCGGGCGCGUUCGGAAUGAGCCUUGUCGGCGCUUGGGCUUGAUUCUUCUUGACUCUUUUGUUUUUUGGACUUUUUGUGGCUUUGUUUUGGACUUUUCCUUGAAAACUAUCUUUUAUGAAUAUGUACGCUUGAUGUACGCUUGAUGUAUGAAGACAUUUGUGUUGAAUGUUGAGUGGAGGAGGGCAUUGCAUGCAUGGUUG